GAUAAUAAAAAACAUAACCCUUCUUGCAGUCGGGUAAUAAAUGCACCCAAUCCAAAACAAAGCCAUAAACACAAACAAAAAAUUAAAGGUUAAAGGACUACUGGACUAAUGACGUAGUGAUUCCUAAACUCUUUGAGGACUAAAGUAAAGAUAAUGGAAGAUAUAGACAUACUCAGUUUACUCGGGAAAUAUGGCAUCGGUCGUCGGAAACUCGAUGACGAUUUAUUCUCUGGCGACAAACUACCCGCCAGAUUUGGAAUCUAUGACGAGGACGAAGAAAAUCAAUGCCACCAAGUUACUCCGACUCAAUGUACAGUCCCAGGCUGCAAUUUCACUGCGGAUUCCAUCGUCAACUUCGAAAAGCACUAUAACUCUAUGCACAGAUAUUCCUGCAGCCAGUGCAAGAAGGUGCUGCCGUCACCUCACCUGCUAGACUUGCAUGUACAGGAGCAACAUGAUUCCUUCUUCGCUGUUAUGGCAGAAAGGAAACCUUCUUAUUCCUGUUACAUAGAAGAAUGUAAAGAGAAGUUCACAAACGCAGAAGAAAGAUUAAACCAUUGUGUCAAAAUUCAUAAAUUGCCUAAGGAUUAUCGUUUUGAUAGUAAACCAAAGAAAAGUUCAAAGAACAAAAAGUCCCAACAGGACAUACAGGUUGACCAGGCUAGCAAAAAGGAUCAGAAAUUCAAUUUCACUAACAACAGACAAAAAGUAUUCAGUUAUACAGGCAAGAAAUUUACCCAAGAACAAAAUACAUCUGCCUCUGUUGAUAUGGAUGCGAUAAUGAUAGAUUUAAAGGAAAAUCUACCACAAACCUAAUUUUAUUCACCACUAUGUUGGUACAAAUUCCAUAUUUUAAGUAGCCUUUACAUUUUUAUGAUAUCAGCAUACCAUAAAAAUGUAAAGUAUAUAUGUAAAGGUAAAUACUUGAACACUAAAUGCAACACAGCAGACCAAAGUUCAAAGAGCAAAGCUUUUUGAAAUGUUACAAAUAAAAAAAAUAUUUUGAAAAUGAAAACAA